AUGGCAGCAGCAGAAAGAGCCCUCUUACCCGAUCUUAAAGAACGAGGUUUAGGAACAUGCUCUUUUGCAGGAAUCUCCUCAGUUAUCUUUUAUUCAGGAGAAUCAGCAAUUGGUCUUCCCUCUUCGAUCCCCAUAGGAACCUCUUCCUCAGAAGAGAACGGAACAAUAAAAGGAGGCAUCGGAGGGGUUCCCAUGCCAUCCAAAUAUCAAAAAAUGUCGCAAGUCUCUCAAGGAGUCGGAGACAUAUUAUUUGCAUUUCCAUUCUCAGUAGUUCUCCUAGAAAUAGAGAACACCUUGAAGUCACCGCCACCGGAGAACCAGACGAUGAGUAAGGCGUUGAGGAUCGCCGUUUUCAUCACCGCAGUGUUCUAUCUGUGUUGUGGGUGUUUUGGAUACGCUGCAUUUGGGAAUGAUACACCGGGAAAUCUUAUGACUGGAUUUGGUUUCUUUGAGCCACACUGGAUCAUUGAUUUCGCCAAUGCUUGCAUUAUUAUUCAUCUACUUGGAGGAUACCAGGUAUACAGCCAGCCCGUCUAUGCUUUAGUGGAUGCAUGGCUUUCAGAGAGGUUCCCCAAUAACGGAUAUGUGAACGAUUUCUAUGUUAUCAAACUCCCAUUCUUACCAAGUUACAGAACAAAUCUCCUGAAAUUAUGCUAUAGAACUCUCUACGUGAUCUCGACGACAAUGGUCACGAUAUUUUUUCCGUACUUCAACCAAGUACUGGGAGUUUUGGGCGCCUUCAGUUUCUGGCCGAGCUCUAUUUAUUUCCCUGUUCAGAUGUAUUUCGUGCAAAGGAAUUUGAUUUCUCGGACGAGGAAAAAGGUUUUGCUUCAGAUGUUCUGUUACGGAUGCUUGAUUAUUAGCGUGUUUGCUUUUGUCGGAUCAGUUGAUGGACUUCUAAGGAAAAAGUUUAGUUAGCGUUUUAAAGUUCUGUUAAUUCCCUCGAAACUUGUAAGAGGAAAAGUUUGCCUGUUUGUUUACCUAUUGGUUUGAAUGUUCAUAAAGUUAAUUUAAUUUUUUACUGCUUA